CCAAGAUGGCGCUCAUGACCACGCUGAUAAUGCAGCGUGAAGCCGCAGUACUGCCAUCACUCAAGAUGGCUGCCCCCAUCAAGAUGACCGGGGUGUGCCGGGGGAAAAGGGGCAGCAUGAUAAUCUGAGACGGUCUAGCAUCGGACCAUGUGGAAGUUUCUGGGACGGGGGAGUCGGAUGAUGGGGGGUGGGACCCGUGGUGGGGAGAGGGAGCAAUAGCGUCCUUUCUCAGGCUAACCCGGCCCCUCCCCUGUUCUCUGGACUGAAAUGGGGAACACACUGGGCCUGGCACCGAUGGGGGCUUUGCCCCGCCGGAGUCCCCGUCGAGAGGAACCUCUGCCCAACCCUGGGAGCUUCGAUGAGCUGCACCGGCUAUGCAAAGAUGUGUUCCCAGCACAGAUGGAGGGAGUGAAGCUCGUUGUCAACAAGGUUCUGAGCAGCCAUUUCCAGGUGGCUCACACGGUGCAUAUGAGUGCCCUGGGCUUGCCAGGCUAUCACCUCCAUGCAGCCUAUGCAGGGGACUGGCAACUUAGCCCCACCGAGGUGUUCCCCACUGUGGUAGGGGAUAUGGACAGCAGUGGCAGCCUCAACGCCCAGGUCCUGCUCCUCUUGGCAGAGCGGCUCCGAGCCAAGGCUGUCUUCCAGACGCAGCAGGCCAAGUUCCUGACGUGGCAGUUUGAUGGCGAGUACCGAGGAGAUGACUGUACAGCCACUCUGACCCUGGGGAAUCCCGACCUGAUUGGGGAAUCGGUGAUCAUGGUGGCGCACUUCCUGCAGAGCCUCACCCAUCGGCUGGUGCUGGGAGGAGAGCUAGUUUAUCACCGCAGGCCAGGCGAAGAGGGCGCUAUCCUGACACUGGCUGGGAAGUACUCGGCGGUACACUGGGUAGCUACACUGAAUGUGGGAUCAGGCGGGGCCCAUGCAAGUUAUUACCACAGGGCCAACGAACAGGUCCAGGUUGGAGUGGAAUUUGAGGCCAACACAAGGCUACAAGACACAACCUUCUCCUUUGGUUACCACCUGACUCUGCCCCAGGCCAACAUGGUAUUUAGAGGCUUGGUGGACAGUAACUGGUGUGUGGGUGCUGUGCUGGAGAAGAAGAUGCCCCCCUUGCCUGUCACCCUAGCGCUUGGAGCCUUCCUCAGUCACUGGCGCAACAGAUUCCACUGUGGCUUCGGCAUCACUGUGGGCUGAGGGGGUCCCAGAGCCAGCCCCCACAGACGCUGGAACCUCCAAGUCAGGUGCCCUAGGGCCAGAGACUAGGCCCCCUCUCCAGAGCCCACCUUGCCGAGUGACCUGUGGGUCCCAGGAGCAGAGUGGGGGACAGGACCGUGCCCUCCUCAGAACUGGAGCUGCCACAGGGGCAGCUGCUGAGGCGGUGGUGUGAGGCCCCCACCUCUGCCACUGGCCCCAGGCUCCUCUUCCCAUGCUCUUGUGGCUCUGGACUAAGGGAGAAGGAUUAAGGGGUGUGUCUGGCCAACUUUUCUCCCCUCACUGACCCCCUUCUUCGUUCCCCUAUCGAUUAAAGCUCCUAGGUUCUUCCUCCUCAGAGCAGAACAGUCUGCAUGGGAUUAGCUCCCUACCCUGUUUUCCAUCCCAGAGUCUCCCAGGGCUGGGAAGAGGACGGCUGAAGGGCUAAAUCUUUGACCUCAGAAAGUGCCCCCCGCCCCCAUUCCCAGAAGGAGCUUCUUUACCUCUUAGCCCUGAGGCUUCCUCCUUCCCCAUCUUCCAUGCUUCCAGAGAACAACUCUGUCCCCGUGAUCAUCCCCCACCAACCCCGAGACUGCAUGAAGAGGCAGUUAUUGCUUUAGUCUUUCAUUGCAACCACUGGGCUCCCUUUCUACUGGUUCCAACCUCUGGCCCCAGCAUUUUCCCCUUUCCAGUCCAACGUGUGAAGUUGGCUGGGCUGGGGAAGGAGGCAAGCUGGGGCCUCAGCUGCAGAUCUCCUGGAGCAGUGGCAUCAUGGCGGACAGUCCCUGGAUGUGCUGGAUUUGGUACCCAUAUGCGUUGUUAAUGCUCCGGAGCUCAGCCAACAGGCCCAGCAGCUUCGCAUACAGAAACCUUUGGAGGAAGUAGUGGGGUCACCAGGGAAAGAGGAAAGUUAGGUAGCUGAGAGUCUUGUCUUGAGGUCUUGCUCCCCUGAACUUUCCCUCAGUGAAGCUAGGUCUGAACACUAGAGAAACUCAUGCUCUAGUAUGAAAUAUUUAUCAAAAAUUCCAAAGGUUCCCGAGGUCUUCUCUCACCAUGCUGUUUUUCUUGAACCCAGAGGUCUGAGGGCCAAGUGUGAAGAAAGCCCCAAACUUGGUCAGAACUUCACCUGUGUGGAAUCUGUGGAUCUGGCCUUCUAGAGGAGGUUCUAGAAGGUGGGUGUGUUCUAUGGUCUAAAGCAUCCAUCUUCUGGCCAGACUGGCUCAUUGAGGAACAAACGAGAACAAGCAGAGUGUACCUCAGAGCCUGGAUAGAUCAUGGACUGUUGAGCCAGGGACUGGCUUUGGCCAUGAAACUGAAUGACCAUAAUAACUUCAAGGGGGAUGAAAAAUUAAAGGAAUGGGCCAAUGGAGAGGAAGGGAAGGGUGAAGGAAAGAGAGCAAAUGAGAAUCUUGGAAGGCUGCUUUAGCCUGCAGAGUUGGAUGGGUAAGGUGAUGGAUGCCAUCAAUCUCAGGAAUGCUAUUAUACAGAGCCUGCGAGCUACUACUUUGCAUCUCUACUGAAUAAAAAAAAAAAAAUCUGGAAAAAAUCAGAUGAAA